AUGACGGCCUCAGCAUUACGGGCUGCCGCAUCGUUAACACCUUGCAGUGAUCUUGAUAUGUCAUUAGCGAUGGACACGAGCAUACCGAUCGCCACCGAACAAUUGAACGAUUCUGAUGAUAUGAUAUCUGCUGAUAACGCGAUCAGUUUACUCUUAAGAAAUGCACUCGAUUCGAGUCAAACGUUUUAUGAAACAACGCAACUCGAUUCUUUGAUUCAAUUCAUUUACGGAAUCGCUUUGCAAGGGUACUCGAACGAGAACGGCGAAAAAUCUCGAUUGGAUUCAGCUACAGCAUUACUGGAAUCGUUUGAUGGUUUCGUUCUCGUCCUUAAUUCAGACGGAAUGCUCGACUAUAUUUCUAGCAAAGCUUCAACAUACCUCUAUUAUUUACCUAUUGAGAUGAUGCAUCAGUCGAUAUUCAACUACAUUUCACCGAUUGAUCAUGAUCUCUUCAACAAAUUGCUUCCUGAUCAGUUUGGUGGCCUGGAAAGUGAGAAGAAGGCAAUUGGAUUCCACAAUUUUCCGUGUCGCUUCCUGCCGCAACUCGUUCCGUCGGCGAAUUCGCCUCGCGAUAUCGCCCUCGAAAUAUCCGCAGUGGUCAUCUCAGAGCCAAACAUCUGCAUUGAUGGCGGUGACACGUGGAGCUGCUUAGAGUCGCCUCAAAGUAGUGGUAAGCCUUUUCUAUGUGCUCAUUGA